AGUGUAUUAAAAAAAAAAAAAAGAUGGAUAGAGAGACAUACUAUUUCACGAUCUGCCGAAUUCAUUAGAUUACAUCCCGAGGGAGUGUGUGUAUGCGUGAAUCGGAGAAUAGAGAGAUAAAGAGAGAGAGGGAAUGAACGGUGGUGAUGAGGCCGUCGCAGCUUCGGCAGACCCAUCUCUGCCUUUGGAAUUGAGAUUCUCUCAGGUCUUCGGUGAACGAGGCGCUGGUGAAGAAGUUCAAGAAGUUGAAAUAAUCUCAGCGAUUGAAUUUGAUAAUUCUGGUGACCGUGGAGGACGUGUUGUUCUUUUCGAGAGAACCGAUGCCAAUAUUGCUCCUGUUUGUCAAACUUGUGGCGACAUUGGUUUUGAAGAAGCACUAGUUUUUUGUGACUCUUGUAAGAUUGAGGCUAUACACCGUUACUGCGUGGGCAUAACGCCGACUCCUUUUACGGAAUACAUAACUUGGAUAUGUGAGGACUGUGAUGGGAGUGAAAGUGAAUCUGAUAGCAUAGAAGUUGACCAUACUGCUAAGCUUACACAUAUAUUGAAGAAGAGUGACAGAAAAAAGAAGAAGAAGAAGAAGAAGAGAAAAAGGAGCAGCAAUCACACCUGGCCGGUUUUAGCUGAGGACCAUGGGCUCCAGGAUGCUACCAAUGUUGAACCUAUGGAGGUGUCUUCUUCACCAAUUAAAGAGACAGUUGAGUCUAACUCUGGUACAGACCAUAACGCUGGUACUAGCAAAAGGAGUGACAGUAGCUCUUAUCGGAAAGAAGUUGAUCAGGCUGAUAAGCUUCUAAAUAUAUCCAAGGAGAAUGAGAAAGAGAAGAAGAAGAAAAAGAAGAAGAAGAAGAAUAAGGAGGAUAAGACGAACAAGGAGAAGAAGACCAACACAAUGAGCAGCAAUCCCAGCCCGCUGGUUUUAGCUUUUGAGGACCAUGGUGUCCAGGAUGCCACCAAUAUUGAACCUGUGAAGGUGUUUUCUUCACCAAUUAAAGGGACAACGAAGGAGUCUAGGAAACGAAAAAGCUCAGAUAGUGGAAACCCUCAUGAAUUGACUGGUUUAGUAAGAAAUGGAGCAUCUGCCUCGGAGGCUGAAAGGUCAUCUAGUGUUCCAGAUCAUAGCUCUUGUACCAGCAAAAGGAAUGACUGUGGCUCUGGUCGCAAAGAAGUUGAUCAGACUGCAAAUCUUGGACCUAUAUUGGAGAAGAGUGAGAAAAAGAAGAAGAAGAAGAAAAAGAAGAAGAAAAGGAGCAGCAGUCAUUCCCCUCCAGUUUUAGCUGUGGAGAACAAUGAGCUCCAUGAUGCUACCAAUGUUGAACCUGUGGAGGUGUCUUCUUCACCACAAAUUAAAGAAACAAUGGAGGCUAAGAGACAAGAAAGCUCAGGUAGCAGAAAACCUCAUGAACUGACUGGGUUAGAUGGAAAUGGAGCAUCUGUCUCGGAGGCUGAAAAUUCAUCUAGUGUGCGAGAUCAUAAUUCUUAUACGACCAAGAAAAGAAAAUUAAGUUCUGGAAACAUACAGCUUAGUGAAAAUAGACAGUUAGCUGAUGGGAAUAGUUCUUGCAAAGAAGCUGAAUUAAAUAUGCCUCAAACUUCUGAGAGGUUACCAUCUAUGCAUUGUAGAGCACAACCAAUCAAAAUACCGAUAUGGAGGGGGUUGAUGUCUGUAAAAGGAGGAAACAGCUAUAGCUUUGAUGGGAUUACUGCUCAUGUAUCAAGCUUAGCCUGCCCUAAAGUCCAUGAAGUGGCAAGCUCAUUACGGGGCUGCCUCUCUGCUGAAAUGUUUCCCAGGAUGGAAAUAUGGCCACAAACGUUUGUGAAGAAUGGAGGACCUAAGGACGACAGUGUUGCUCUUUUUUUCUUCCCUUCCAGUGAAAGUAAUGAUGAAAAGACUUUCUAUUCCCUUGUUGGUGAAAUGGAGAAGAAUGAUUUGGCGAUGAGAUGCUUGCUUGAUGAUGCAGAACUGCUACUUUUCACCUCUUUUUUAUUACCAGUGUAUUCUUGGUCUUUUUACUCAAAGGACUACCUGUGGGGUGUCUUCAAGACCAGACGAACAUCUCAACAUUAGUCACUAGGCUCGCUACCUUUAACAGUCUCUGAACUUGAACAAGGUUAACAAACAGAUGGAAAGCUUAAGUAGAACUUGCAGGAUUCUCGUACAACUUUUCUGAGAGCAGAUGUUAGUAGUGUAACUUGUGUUUCUUGUUUAACAUAUGGCUGGUUUUUGGUGGUGUAAUUGAUAGUUAGUCAGACUCUGUACAGAAUCUACCUGAGUUGGCAUCCUUGAUAGCAUAUCUUUGUCUCUUUUUGAUGGA